GUGCAGAGGGAAGGGGAGGAGCUCUCCUGGUCUACCUGGCUGUACCUGGCCUGCUGACGUCACACAGGUGCAGGAAGGAGGAAGAGGAGGCAGAGGAAGAUCUCGGCCAUACAUGAUCUGACUGCACAGGAUCCCCCAACUCACUUCCUACAAGUCAUCACCCUCACCCUGCACUGACAGCUCUCCCUGAUCACCAUGUCUGCCUCUGCUGUGUUUGUCCUGGAUCUCAAGGGGAAGCCCCUCAUCUGCCGGAAUUAUAAAGGCGACCUCGAUAUGACGGAGAUCGAUCACUUCAUGCCAUUGGUGGUCCAGAGGGAGGAAGAAGGGAACUUGACACCGCUUCUCGUUCACGGCAAAAUCCACUUUCUAUGGAUCAAGCACAGCAACCUUUAUUUGGUUGCUUUAACAAAUAAGAAUGCAAAUGCCUCCCUUGUGUACUCCUUCCUUUAUAAAAUGGUAGAGGUAUUCACAGAGUACUUCAAGGAGCUGGAAGAGGAGAGUAUCCGGGACAACUUUGUCAUUGUGUAUGAACUGCUAGAUGAGCUUAUGGACUUUGGCUUCCCACAGACCACCGACAGCAAGAUUCUGCAGGAGUACAUCACACAACAAGGGAACAAGCUGGAGACGGCCAAGUCUCGUGUGCCCACCACUGUCACAAAUGCUGUAUCUUGGAGGUCUGAGGGCCUUAAGUACAAGAAAAAUGAGGUCUUCAUAGAUGUCAUAGAGUCUGUUAACCUGCUUGUGAACAUUAAUGGCAGUGUACUUCUGAGCGAGAUAGUAGGCACUGUCAAGCUGAAAGUCUUCCUCUCUGGAAUGCCUGAGUUGAGGCUUGGGCUGAAUGAUCGGGUCCUAUUUGAAUUAACAGGACGCAAUAAGAACAAAACUGUUGAACUAGAAGAUGUGAAGUUCCAUCAGUGCGUUCGUCUGUCACGCUUUGAGAACGAUCGUACAAUCUCAUUUAUUCCACCAGAUGGAGACUUUGAGUUGAUGUCUUAUCGGCUAAACACACAGGUGAAGCCGUUAAUAUGGAUCGAAUCAGUGAUUGAGAAGUUUACUCACAGUCGAUUGGAGAUCAUGGUUAAGGCAAAAGGUCAAUUUAAGAAACAGUCUGUAGCAAAUAAUGUGGAGAUCUCCGUUCCAGUUCCAAGUGAUGCAGAUUCUCCAAAAUUUAAAACCAGCGUUGGAAGUGCAAAAUACGUCCCAGAAAAAAAUGUGGUUAUAUGGACAAUCAAAUCCUUUCCAGGUGGUAAAGAGUAUUUAAUGCGGGCACAUUUUGGACUACCCAGUGUGGAGAGAGAAGAAUUGGAAGGAAAACCUCCAAUCGGCGUCAAAUUUGAAAUUCCCUAUUUUACAGUUUCUGGAAUUCAGGUUCGGUAUAUGAAAAUUAUUGAGAAGAGUGGGUAUCAGGCACUUCCAUGGGUCAGAUAUAUCACACAAAGUGGAGAUUACCAGCUACGCACAAACUGAUGCACUCAAGAAUCAUUUUUGAGGAAGAACUCCAAGAGCUGUUAACAUCAAAGGACAUUUCUACUUAAACUAAAAAUAUAUAUUUGUGAUGAAGAAAAAAUGGCAAUAAUGUUAUUCUGCCAUUGUUAAGGAAACUACUUUUAUAAAUAUUUUAUUUCUA